AUGGACUGCUGUCAUGAAUCAGAGGAAUGCGAUCCCUCCUCGUCCUCCUCUCAAGAUUUAGUCACCAUUCUGAGCAAUCUACCACAGCAGUGCGUCGAUAUGCCGUCUUAUGAACCACAGCCCCAAGGAACAACCAAAAUGAAAGUCUCAUUGGAUCUGCCAGGAUACCAAGAGUACUUGCCUACCUACCUGCCAGGACAGCAGAUCACUGGACACGUCAAGCUACAGAAUAAAACCCGCAUCAAAGUAACUCACUUGAGAAUUGCACUGUUUGGCAAUGUGCAAGUAUACGGAGAUCGACCUGGCCAUCCCAUGACUAAUGGCCUCUUUGAUUAUCAGAGAAAUGAGCAACUUAUCAACUCUGGCUUGCGCAUUAUUAGGCACCCCACGCCAAAUGAUACGGACGAGCAACAAUUGGUGUGCAAGCGAGAUGACAAUCCUCAAGAGACGAAGCGGCAAAAGACAGCGCAAGACAGACACAUUGAAAAGCUGAUCAGAAAAGCAGCAGCCAUUGAUCACACCACAAAUUUUAGUCACGGCAUCUUGAAUGAUGUUCCAAUGCUCAUGCAAAACAGUAAUCAACAAGACACUACUGCUUUUGAAUUAGACAGCAAUUCGUAUCAGAUCCAGUUUUCUGUCCGUGUCCCGACUUCUCGCCGGCUCUCGGGUACCUUUGACCAUCCACAUUACCCAGUUUCGUAUCGCAUUGUUGCUAUUAUGAAGUACAAAGACAAGGAGGAUGCAUCUAACAAUGAAGUAACAUGCUACUCUACUGUCAGACUCUGUCUGGAGCCUUUUUUCAACCUGAAUCAAUUCCAAUCACGCAUUCAAACAUCGCCUAGCUAUCAAUAUGUCCAGAACAAAGAUACAGCGUGGAACAGCAUCUGUACUCAAUUUCUAAAUUGUGGCAUCAUGACCAUGUACAUGAACAAGCAGCAAAAACAUACAUCUCAUAGCAGCAUUGAAGCACGCCUAGAACUGCCAAAACAGGCUUUUGAACGUUCUCAGUAUCUGCCAUUGCAACUAAAGCUAACAAAUCAUGCCUUCAGCAACUUUGGUAUAUCCGUGGUUAAGAUCAAUGUAAACUUUGUUCGACGCAUCAAUAUGACAUGCAGCAUGAAUGAGCAAGUAGAACUGCAGACAAUCCAAUCCACCACCAUUGUAUUCAAGAGCUCGCAGGAGCAGGAGCAGCAGCUGUUCUUUAAGCAUGCUCUUUUGGCAUUUGAUUUGUCCAACCACACCCAGAUACCAACAGACAGUGUGUGCACCAUAUUCUCUGUUGCUACCAAAGAUGUCUUUAGUCUUGGCUACGACUUGAACGUCAGUGUAGAUAUCACUGGCGUCACUACAACCGCCCAUAAUAGCACGACAGCGGAUCUCUGCAGUUUAUCACCGAAUCAAGAAAAGUGUUACAUUGCUAAUCAGCCCCAUCAUGUUUGGUGUGGAGAUGAAUCGCACCAGGAUUUACCUCCAGAACCUUAUCAUCACAAAUUUAAAACUUAUACACUGAAUUUGGAUCCACUGGCUGUCAUUGUAGUGGGUCACUCGGAUUACUAA